AUGGGACAAACGAAAAGCAAGGAUGCUAUAUUAUCUAGAAAGACACACUUCACAAAAAAAGAAAUACAAGACUUGCGAGAUAAAGUGAACCAUAAAGAUAACAAUAUCAGUGCAGAGGAUUUUAAACAAACAGUCAAAAAGUGUGUUCCCUCUGUGUCCUCAGAGGACGACGUCUUUCUGGAACAAUUAUAUGCUGCAUUUGCAGGUGACAAUCAGAAACGAUCACUUGAUUUUGACGAAUUUGUCGAUGGUCUAAGUGUGUUUAUGAAAGGAAACGAACAAGAGAAACUAGCAUUAUCCUUCAAGUUGUAUGAUGUCAAUCAUGAUGGUUAUCUAACAAAGCCUGAGCUGGAAAGAGUGUUGUUAAAAUUGUCUGUAACAUUUUCAAAAGAAGACAGAACAGCUGAAAUCAAAGAAAUGGUGGAUCAACUGUUCAAGGACUUUGAUGUGGAUAAUGAUGAUAAAUUAUCAUUUGAAGAAUACAAACUAUCUGCGAUGAAGGAACCACUGAUGGUUGACUUUCUAGAACAAUUCUUAUCAGAACAUCACAUGUCGUCCACAGCCUCUGUUCGAUCCAACUCACCCGUCUAUCGAAAGGCCGAAGUGUUGCUCAAGCGCAGCCCUGAACGCAAACUGAGUCGACCUACGAGCAUGACGAGCCUAGAUGCGGCGUUGACAUCAAUGCAUUAA